CACAUCCUGGUGUGGAUUUCACGUGGGAUGAAAGCAGCACUGUGCAUAAGCAGAGUUUUAGCUCCUUAUCACUGUUACUUAACACUUUAGUGUGCACUAGUUAAAUCAGUAUCUAGAAAUAUAUCAGAUGGUAUUCAUCACCUUUUGGUGUUUGUAGCUAAUUCCCUAUUGAAUAAGGAAGCUCAUGUCAAUAUCCAAAAGAUGGAUUUUUUGUAAACUGUGUCCUGUCACUCAGAAGGAGUAAACUACUAAGUUUUAUGGAAGUAAAAGCAAAAUAAAACCAAGAGGUCAGUGUAGAAGAAGGAAACAUAAGAUGUAAUGAAAGUUUGUGCUGUGCACUGUGUUGUGUUAAUAACUCCACUAACAUUGCUUUCACUUAAUUUAAUGCUGAUUGCCUUUAACAUUUACUAAACAGUUUUGAAAAUGACUGUAGCUUAGCCUGAGCCGUUUGUGGUUAGCUGCACCAAUUUGAAAUGGCCAGUUUGGAUGAUGACAGAGCCUCCUCUGCGCAUGCUUUUUUAAAAUUUGAGGGUCACAGUUUGUCUGGUUCAAUUUAUGAGCCACUUAAAUGUAUUAACCUCCCAAAGCCAGAGGGGGAAACUCUGUGGGACAAAUUAAAUCAUUACUAUAGAAUUGUGAAAUCAACGUUGCUGGUCUAUCAAAGCCCAACCACAGGUCUGUUCCCUACCAAGACUUUUGGGAGUAACCAAAGGGCAAAAGUCCAUGACAGCCUUUACUGUGCUGCCUGUGCCUGGGCACUGGCCCUUGCUUACAGGCGCAUUGAUGAUGACAAGGGCAGGACCCACGAGCUGGAGCACUCUGCCAUCAAGUGCAUGAGGGGAAUUCUCUACUGCUACAUGCGCCAGGCCGAUAAGGUUCAGAAAUUUAAACAAGACCCCAAACCAUCUGCAUGUCUGCAUUCUGUGUUCAAUGCACAAACUGGAGAUGAGGUCUUCUCCCAUGAGGAGUAUGGACACCUUCAGAUCAAUGCUUUGUCAUUAUUUCUUCUCUAUUUGGUUGAGAUGAUCUCUUCGGGGCUGCAGAUUAUCUACAACACAGAUGAGGUGUCCUUUAUCCAGAACCUUGUGUUUUGUGUGGAGAGAGCCUAUCGUGUGCCAGACUUUGGUGUCUGGGAGAGAGGCAGCAAAUACAACAAUGGCUGUCCAGAGCUGCACUCAAGCUCCGUGGGACUGGCAAAAGCAGCUUUAGAAGCAAUUAAUGGUUUCAAUCUCUUUGGAAAUCAGGGCUGCUCUUGGUCUGUCAUAUUUGUGGAUUUCGAUGCCCAUAACCGGAACAGACAGACCCUGUGCUCGCUGCUGCCCCGGGAGUCACGGUCUCAUAAUACUGAUGCAGCUCUCCUGCCCUGCCUCAGUUAUCCUGGGUUUGCUUUGGAUGAUGAGGUUCUGUUUGGUCAAACACUAGAUAAAAUUAUUAGGAAGUUGAAAGGCAGAUAUGGGUUUAAGAGGUUUCUGAGGGACGGCUACAGGACAGCGCUGGAGGACAGGACCCGGCGCUACUACAAACCAGCCGAGAUCAAGCUUUUUGAUGGCAUUGAGUGUGAAUUCCCUAUUUUUUUUAUUUUCAUGAUAAUUGAUGGCAUUUUUAGAGGAAAUCCUACACAAGUAAAGGAAUAUCAGGAUCUUCUGGACCCUUUGCUUCAACAUACACCUGAAGGGUGCCCUGUUGUCCCCAAGUAUUACUACGUGCCUGCUGACUUUGUGGAGGCGGAGCAGAGGAGCCCGGGCAGCCAGCGGCGCUUCCCCAGCAACAACGGGCGGGACGGGAAGCUGUUCCUGUGGGGCCAGGCCGUGUACAUCAUUGCCAAGCUGCUGGUUGAUAAAUUAGUGAGCCCUAAAGAUCUGGACCCCAUUGGCCGCUACGUGGCUCCCCAGGACCAGCGCAACGUCAGCAUGAGGUUCUCCAACCAGGGUCCCUUAGAAAAUGAUUUGGUGGUCCAUGUGGCCCUGAUAGCAGAAAGCCAGCGCCUGCAAGUAUUUCUGAACACAUAUGGAAUCCAAACUCAGACCCCCCAGCAGGUGGAACCAAUUCAGAUAUGGGCUCAGAAAGAACUUGUCAAAGCUUACUUCCAUUUGGGAGUCAAUGAGAAACUGGGAUUAUCUGGAAGACCGGACAGACCCAUAGGAUGCCUUGGAACAUCAAAGAUUUAUCGAAUCCUGGGCAAGACUGUAGUUUGCUACUCCAUCAUUUUUGAUCUCAGUGAUUUCUACAUGUCUCAGGAUGUUAUGAUGUUGAUUGAUGACAUUAAGAAUGCCCUGCAGUUCAUUAAGCAGUACUGGAAAAUGCACGGCCGGCCGCUGUUCGUGGUGCUCAUCCGGGAGGACAACAUCAGAGGGAGCAGAUUCAAUCCCAUUUUGGAUAUGCUGGCAGCCUUUAGGAAGGGACUCGUUGGAGGAGUGAAGGUUCACGUUGACAGAGUACAGACAUUAAUAUCUGGAGCAGUUGUUGAACAACUUGACUUCCUAAGCAUCACUGAAACAGAAGAGGCUCCUGUAUUUAAGAGUUUGGAGGAGCUGGAUCUUCCAAAACAUUCAAAAGUCAAGAGACAAUCUAGUACUCCCAAUGCUUCUGAACUUGAGCAGCAACCAGAUGUAAAUAUUAAUGACUGGAAAAACAAGUCAACAUAUGAGAUCCUGCAGAAACUUAAUGACUGCAGUUGCCUGGCAAGCCAAGUGUUACUCUCCAGUAUCUUGCUCAAAAGGGAAGGGCCGAAUUUCAUCACCAAGGAAGGUACUGUUGCUGAGCACAUUGAAAGAAUCUACAGACGAGCUGGCAGCAGAAAGCUCUGGUCUGUUGUGCGCUUCGCAGCAAGUCUUUUAGGUAAACUAGUGGACAGCCUUGCACCAUCUAUUACUAAUGUUUUAGUUCAGGGCAAGCAGGUGACGCUGGGAGCGUUUGGCCAGGAGGAAGCCGUUAUCUCCAACCCCUUAUCACCCGCCGUGAUUAAGGACAUGAUCUACGAUAAACGCCGGCUGCAGGAUGAGAGAGAGGCUGUGCUGCAGCAGGAGCUGGUCAUCCACAUUGGCUGGAUCAUCUCCAACUCCCCAGAGCUCUUCAGUGGGAUGCUGAAGAUACGGAUUGGAUGGAUUAUCCAUGCUAUGAAGUAUGAGCUGCAGAUCAGGGCUGGGGAGAUGCCAGCCAAGGACUUGUACCAGAUGUCCCCCAGCGAGGUGAAGCAGCUCCUGCUGGACAUUCUGCAGCCCCAGCAGCCGGGCAGGAGCUGGCUGAACAGGAGGCAGCUGGAUGGCUCCCUGAACAGAACUCCCGCGGGAUUCUACGACCGCGUGUGGCAGAUCCUGGAGAGAACCCCCAACGGCCUCAUCGUGGCAGGGAGGUUCCUGCCCCAGCAACCAACCUUAUCGGAUAUGACGAUGUAUGAAAUGAACUUUUCCCUCCUAGUUGAAGAUAUGCUGCAGAACAUUGACCAGCCUCAAUACAGGCAGAUCAUUGUGGAGUUGCUGAUGGUUAUAUCUGUUAUUCUGGAGAGAAAUCCUGAGCUGGAGUUCCAGGACAAAGUGGACUUGGACAAGGUGGUGCAAGAAGCAUUUCAUGACUUUCAGAAAGAUCACAGCAGUCCAAAGGGAGCUGAAAAUCAAGGUGACAUGACUGCAUUCUACAACACCCACCCCCUUGGAAAGAAGGGAACUUGCAGCUACCUGAGCAAGGCUGUGAUCACUUUGCUGCUGGAAGGGGAAAUGAAAUCAAGCCACGAUGAUCCUUGCACCAUCAGCUAAGGCUGGCACACAGCACAGCAGUUGUUGCUUUACUUAGUGCUCCAUGUAUUUGUCAGGCCAAUUGUAAGGGACUGGUUUGAAGGGUGACCCUGGCUAGUGACACAAUUGCAUCCUCUCCUUUGCUGAAAGAAGUGCCAUUAAAGAUACCAAGUGCCACCAGAUUUUCUCCUUUCUCAGCUAUGCAGCAUGAAACUGAGCACAUGAAGUUAGUCCUGUGGUAUUUGAUGAAGUUGAAUGGAAAUGUAUUUAUGAUUUUAAAAAUGCAUCUACUGUAGCUGGUAAAUUCAAGGGAAGGCAGUAUGAGAUUUUGUCUUUAUACCUCUAUUUAUUUAUAAUUGCAAACAAGUAGAAGAUAAAUUAAUAUGCAUACCAAUCAGUGUGGAAAUACAAAAACUGGAUUAUUUUCUUAUUAUUCUACAAACAAAUUGGAGGUGAAGUAUUUGUUAUUCUCUUAAGGUUUUCUUUAUCAGUUCAAGUGAGAGCAUUCAUUUAAUGUGUUGGGUAUUUUAAUUUACAGGCUGGUAACUUGAUAUACAGGUUUCAUCCUAACAGAGCAACUUUUUAUCUCUAGCAAUACACAUCACUGUGUUUUCCCAGUUGUUAUUUAAACAUCUGUAAGUUAACAAGGGAGAUGUAACACAAUAAAAGUUUGUUUUUAAAAAAAAGGCAAACAAGCUGUAUUUAAAUUAAAAUCAAUGAAGAAAUAACUUUGUAUUACAUAUGUUAUCAUGGUAUUAAUUCAAGAUACACUUAUUUAUCUCCUAAAUGUGUGAAAACACUGUAUGCUAUAUGCUUUAUUUUGUUGAAAAUAAUAAAAAGCAAAUGCUUGUAAAAAA